AAGUGAUGUGUAUAGGGCAGGCAGAACAAGCCGCAGGUGCCAGAACAGAUUGCAUAAAAGGCUGGGGGUUGGUGGGGACAGGAGUGCCAUUAGACUUAAGUCUGGAGUUUCAGCUUGGACACUGAGCCAGGCAGACACACAGAAGGAACCUGGAGAAAUCCUCCUGACCCCAACCCCAGCUUCUCUCCUGCCUUCUAUCGACAUGGGGUGCCAUCUCAGCCCCCGACUCUACCUGGUAUCCUUGGUCUUGGGCCUCUUGUCUGGAGGUACGAACACAACUCCAUUGCUGGCCCAGCCCCAAGUUUCCUGCUCUCUGGAGGGGGUAGAGAUCAAAGGUGGCUCCUUCCAACUCCUCAAAGAGGGCCAGGUCCUGGAGUACAUAUGUCCCUCUGGCUUACCCUACCCUGUACAGACACGCACCUGCAGAUCCACAGGGUCCUGGAGUGCCCUACAGACUCGAGACCAAAAGACUGUCAAGAAAGCAGAGUGCAGAGCGAUUCACUGCCCAAGACCACAGGACUUUGAGAAUGGGUACUACUGGCCCAGGUCUCCUUAUUACAAUGUGAGUGAUGAGAUCUCUUUCCACUGCUACCAUGGAUACAUUCUCCGGGGCUCUGCCAAUCGUACCUGCCAGAUGAAUGGCCGGUGGGAUGGGCAAACAGCAAUCUGUGAUGAUGGAGCGGGGUACUGCCCCAACCCGGGCAUCCCCAUUGGCACAAGGAAGGUGGGAAGCCAGUACCGCCUUGAAGACAGCGUCACUUACCACUGCAGCCGGGGGCUUACCCUGCGUGGCUCUCAGCAGCGAAAAUGCCAGGAAGGUGGAUCUUGGAGUGGGACAGAGCCUUCCUGCCAAGACACCUUCAUGUAUGACACCCCUCAAGAGGUGGCUGAAGCCUUCCUGUCUUCCCUGACAGAGACCAUAGAAGGAGUUGAUGCUGAGGAUGGGCACAGUCCAGGGGAACAACAGAAGCGGAAGAUUGUCCUGGACCCCUCAGGCUCCAUGAACAUCUACCUGGUGCUGGAUGGAUCUGACAGCAUUGGGGCCAGCAACUUCACGGGAGCCAAGAGGUGUCUUGCCAACUUAAUUGAGAAGGUAGCAAGUUAUGGGGUGAGGCCAAGAUAUGGUCUAGUGACAUAUGCUACAGAACCCAAAGUUGUUAUCAGAGUGUCCGAUCCAAAGAGCAGCGAUGCAGACUGGGUCACUGAGAAACUCAACCAAAUCAGUUAUGAAGACCACAAAUUGAAGACAGGGACUAAUACCAAGAGGGCCCUCCAGGCAGUAUACAACAUGAUGAACUGGGCAGGAGAUGUCCCCCCUGAAGGCUGGAACCACACCCGCCACGUCAUCAUCCUGAUGACUGAUGGCUUGUACAACAUGGGUGGGGACCCAGUCACUAUUAUUGGUGAGAUCCGGGACUUGCUGGACAUUGGCAGGGAUCGCAAAAACCCAAGAGAGGAUUAUUUGGAUGUGUAUGUGUUUGGGGUCGGGCCUCUGGUGGAUCAAGCAAACAUCAAUGCUUUGGCUUCCAAGAAGGACAAUGAGCACCAUGUGUUCAAAGUCAAGGACAUGGAAAAUCUGGAGGAUGUUUUCUACCAAAUGAUUGAUGAAACCAAGUCUCUGGGCCUCUGCGGCAUGGUUUGGGAGCACAGGGAAGGUACUGAUUACCACAAGCAACCAUGGCAGGCCAAGAUCUCAGUCACUCGCCCUUUGAAGGGACAUGAGAACUGUAUGGGGGCUGUGGUGUCUGAGUACUUUGUGCUGACAGCAGCACACUGUUUCACUGUGGAUGACCAAAAACACUCAAUCAAGGUCAGAGUGGGAGGGAAGAGACAGGACCUGGAGAUAGAAGAAGUCCUAUUUCACCCCAAAUACAACAUCAAUGGGAAAAAGGCACAAGGAAUUUCUGAAUUUUAUGACUAUGAUGUUGCCCUGAUCAAGCUCAAGAGUAAACUGAAGUACAGUGAGACUCUUAGGCCCAUUUGUCUGCCCUGCACCGAGGGAACAACUCGAGCUUUGCGACUCCCUCAGACAGCCACUUGCCAGCAACACAAGGAAGAGCUGCUCCCUGUCAAGGAUGUCAAAGCAAUGUUUGUCUCUGAGGAGCAGAAAAAGCUGACUCGGAAGGAAGUCUACAUCAAGAAUGGGGAUAAGAAAAUCAGUUGUGAAAGAGAUGCUCAACAUGCCCCAGGCUAUGACAAAGUCAAGGACAUCUCAGAGGUUGUCACUCCCAGGUUCCUCUGCACUGGAGGGGUACAUCCCUAUGCUGACCCAAAUACUUGCAAAGGUGACUCUGGUGGCCCUCUGAUUAUUCACAAGAGGAGUCGCUUCAUUCAAGUUGGUGUGAUCAGCUGGGGAGUAGUGGAUGUCUGCAAAGACAACAGACUGCAACAGCAGGUACCUGCUCAUGCCCGGGACUUUCACGUCAAUCUCUUCCAAGUGCUGCCCUGGCUCAAGGAGAAACUCAAAGAUGAGGGAUCUGGGUUUUCUAUGAGGGGUUUCCUUCUGGAAAGGGGCAUGGGAUCAAAUUAAAACAGUUGCGAUAAUAACUGUGUUCCAGAUCCUUGUGGGUAAAGGAGUGGGGGAUGUGUACUGGCCAUGUUGUUAACAACUGAGAUACAAUCUGACAGCCGUUUUUAAAGGCUUAACCCCAAUCCCAAGGGCUGAAAAACCAGAGGCUGAGGAAGAUGUGUGAGCUUCCACCUCAGUGUUUUACUGAGACCGGCAUUGGGGGUGUUAUGAGGCACAAGGAAUCCAGCUCCAUUCCCUAGAAGUCAUCCACAGGUUUUCCUCAUAGACAUCAUCAUUGUAGACAAUCUGGGUCCUCUUGUCCCGGUGGCAACCCUUAGGGCUGUUCUGAACAGCUAGGGAGGGAGAAGAGUAACAAUUAAGGUUUGAAGAUCAUGGGUCAGACCUGAGGCCCAGAGCUUCACUACCUCGCUCUGGCCUCUGGCCCCAGGAAGUCCAGUUCUCAUGCUGCCCUCUGGUGGCCAGAAUGGAUGUCUCCUCUUAGCCUCCUCAGGUUGGUUGUGGUCAACCUAUCACCAUGGAGAGUUUACAAUGUUAUUGUAGAGCAUGUGGCUAUUGUGAUGAAUGUUUUGUUCUUAGAAAAUCCUCAAAAGUUAUCAUUACUGAGACAUGUGAAUGAUGUUAACCUACUACUUUUAGUCAAUAUAUCAAAAUUAAAAAUCGGAAAAUCU